AUGAUCCCGCGGUCACGCAUCUCCGGGCGUCUCUUUCUCAGGCGCUCGUCUUCUCGUGCCGUGCCAUCGUCGACUGGCGCGCGAGCAGCUGCUGGCUUCCCAGCCGUUGCGCACUACACACAGCAGCAUGCCUGCGCUCGGAGAUUGCAACCCGCGCCCACCCAACAUCGGAUACCCGCGCUUUCCUUCUCGACUUCGGCAUCUCUAGGCAAAGAAAAGGACAAGCCGAGCAAGUUUUUCGACUCAUCGGCCGAGCCCGAGUCCACCGAGCCCCUCUCCGAAGAAGAGGUCAAGGCCAACCUCGAGAAUAAGAAGAAGGAGGCUGUGGCUGCUGAAAAGGCCACCAACGAAUCCAAGGAAAUCAACACCGACGCCAACGUCUCUGCUAAAACCGACAAUAGUGCUUCACAAGCACAGGACAGUAAGACUGGCAGUAGCGCAGGGGGUGCUGCUGGCGCUGGUUCCGGGGAUGGCUCUGGUGACGGAGGCAAACGAGGGCGCAAGACUUCAGAGAAGGCCCUCCAAAAACCCGUCGUGCCUGAUGUCUACCCUCAAGUGCUAGCCAUCCCGAUCGCUCGCCGACCACUAUUCCCUGGUUUCUACAAAGCCAUUACCAUCAAGGACCCCGAUGUCGCCACCGCCAUUACCGAGUCGAUCAAGCGCGGCCAGCCGUAUGUCGGUGCUUUCCUUUUCAAGGACGAAAACGAAGACGACGAUAUUAUCCGAAAUGUCGAAGAUGUAUAUGACGUCGGUGUUUUUGCUCAGAUUACGAGCGCUUUCCCCAUCCAUGGCCAAGAAGGCGCCCUUACUGCCAUCCUAUACCCACACCGCCGAAUCAAGCUCUCCAGUCUCAUUCCCCCGACACCCCAGCAGCAGCAGGAAGCUAAAAAGGCCGAGACAAAGAAGGAAGCCGAAGUCCCUGAGCCCAUCCCCGCCAAGCCCGCUACCGGGGAAGCUCCCGUCACGGACAAGAAGGGAGAUGUCGUCGCCAGCUUCGAAGAGACAGCCGUUGACAAGAAGCCCGACCAGGUCGCUGAAAAAUACGAGCCCACAUCAUUCCUCAAAAAGUACCCCGUUAGCCUGGUGAACGUUGAGAAUCUUGCAGACGAGCCCUACGACCCCAAGAGCCCCGUUAUUCGAGCCGUCACAAACGAGAUUGUCAACGUCUUCAAGGAGGUUGCUACGAUGAACAACUUAUUUAGAGAUCAGAUUUCCACAUUCUCCAUGAGCCAGUCUACCGGCAAUGUGACUUCGGAACCGGCCAAACUGGCGGACUUUGCUGCCGCCGUGUCCUCGGGAGAGCAGACCGAACUGCAGGAAGUCUUGGCUUGCAUGAAUGUCGAGGAGCGCAUGCAAAAGGCGUUGAUUGUGCUCAAGAAGGAGCUCAUGAAUGCGCAACUGCAAUCCAAAAUCACCAAGGAUGUUGAGAGCAAGAUUAGCAAGCGUCAACGCGAAUACUGGCUGAUGGAGCAGAUGAAGGGUAUUCGUCGCGAGCUCGGCCUCGAGUCUGACGGCAAGGACAAGCUUGUCGAAAAGUUCAAGGAAAAGGCUGGCAAAUUGGCCAUGCCUGAUGCCGUGCGCAAGGUCUUUGAUGAGGAGGUUAAUAAGCUCGCUCAUCUCGAGACUGCCGCCUCGGAAUUCAAUGUCACAAGAAACUACCUAGACUGGUUGACGCAGAUUCCUUGGGGCCAGCGCAGUGCUGAGAACUUUGGCAUUCCCAACGCGGUCAAGGUUCUUGACGAGGAUCACUAUGGUCUUCAAGAUGUCAAGGACCGUAUCCUGGAAUUCAUUGCCGUCGGAAAGCUACGUGGUUCCGUCGAAGGCAAGAUUCUCUGCUUCGUUGGUCCACCUGGUGUUGGCAAGACAAGUAUCGGCAAGUCUAUUGCUCGCGCUUUGAACCGCGAAUAUUACCGCUUCAGUGUGGGUGGUCUCACGGAUGUUGCUGAAAUCAAAGGUCACCGCAGAACCUAUGUUGGUGCCCUGCCCGGCCGUAUUAUCCAGGCCCUGAAGAAGUGUCAGACGGAAAAUCCACUCAUCCUGAUUGAUGAAAUCGACAAAAUUGGCCGUGGAUAUCAGGGUGAUCCUUCAUCUGCACUUCUGGAGCUGCUAGACCCCGAGCAGAACAACUCGUUCCUGGACCACUAUAUGGAUGUACCCGUUGACCUGUCCAAGGUUCUCUUUGUGUGCACCGCGAACAUGACCGACACUAUUCCUCGACCGCUGCUCGACCGUAUGGAGCUAAUCACCCUUUCUGGCUACGUUGCAGACGAGAAGAAGGCCAUCGCCAACAAGUAUCUUGCUCCAGCCGCCAAGGACGCGGCAGGUCUCAAGGACGCCAAGGUCAUUCUCACGGAUGAAGCCAUCGAGGAACUGAUUAAAGCAUACUGCCGCGAAUCAGGCGUGCGCAACCUGAAGAAGCAGAUUGAAAAAGUCUACCGCAAGUCUGCGCUCAAAAUUGUGCAGGAUCUCGGGGAGGAAGCCAUCCCCGAAGAGGAGGCGCUUACAGAAGAGGGCAAGGAGGCGGCUGAAGAGUCUACCAAGAAGGCUGAAGAGACAUCACAGUCUGACGGCAAGGAGCAGCCUAGCACGGAAGCAAACGAAAAGGAGACAACCGAGAAGCCGCGCAAGGCUCUCGCGGUGCCCGACUCGGUUGAAGUGUCCAUCGGCAAGGACAAUCUGACCGAUUAUAUUGGACCCCCCGUGUUCACUUCUGACCGUCUCUACGAAGUCAGCCCUGCUGGUGUCGCCAUGGGCCUGGCAUGGACACAGAUGGGCGGUGCUGCCAUGUACAUUGAAUCUAUUCUGCAGUCGCCUCUUCGCCAGAGCACGCGUCCCGGCAUGGAGAUUACGGGUAACCUUAAGUCGGUUAUGAAGGAGUCAACGGCCAUUGCCUACUCUUUCGCCAAAUCGUUCAUGGUGACCAAGUUUCCUGACAAUGACUUUUUCGACAAAGCCAAGAUGCAUCUGCACGUGCCCGACGGCGCGGUGCCCAAAGAUGGCCCCUCGGCGGGCAUCACCAUGGCAACGUCGCUACUGUCGCUGGCGCUCGAGGCGCCCGUCAACCCAACCGUGGCCAUGACGGGCGAGCUGACGCUGACGGGCAAGGUGCUGCGCAUCGGCGGCUUGCGAGAGAAGACGGUGGCGGCGCGCCGCGCGGGCUGCACCACCAUCAUCUUCCCCAAAGACUGCAUGUCGGACUGGCUCGAGCUGCCGGCGGCCAUCAAGGAGGGCAUCGAGGGUCACCCAGUUGAGUGGUACACAGAGGUCUUUGACCUCGUCUUUCCGGACCUCGAUCGCGCCGCGGCCAACAGCAGCAGAGUGGUCAAGGAUGGCAAGAAGACGAGCGAAGACGACGAAUAA